ACCUCAUGAUCGUGAAACGCGUAACAUCGGCCGUGUUCAUUUCUCGGGUCAUCGUUGGCUCGUGUUUCGCGAUGAUCACAUAUCAGUUGACUUAGAUUAGUAAAUUUUGACAAGACCCAGUUUCUCUGGGUUAAAAUGUGGUGUCUCAAUUUUGUAGGUUUCGCAGUUUGUUUUAUUUUAAUAGGAAAUACAAAUUCCCAAAGAGUUGCCGAUUAUCAUGAAUGUCUGCGGUCAUGCGCCGACGAAACACUUUCAAAAAAAUUAUGUCGUUACGAAUUCUUCGUCGGUGAAUUUCCUGGCGCGAUCAGCGUUAACGGCGGACCGAUAAGCAAAAAUGAAUCGGAUAAAUUUGAUCGGAUAAUUUCACGGACAGGUUUUUUGAUGAUCAAUGGAAAAAGUCCGGGACCACAAAUAGAGGUAUGUCUUGGUGAUACAAUAGAAGUCAUCUUACAUAAUAGACUAGGAUCUGAAGAAUUAUCACUUCACUGGCAUGGAUUGCAUCAAAGGAAUUCUGCUCAUAUGGACGGUGUUCCAAUGGUUACACAAUGUUCGGUAUUACCAUUUGGAGGAUUUCGAUAUAAGCUAAAACCAGAGAGUACUGGUACAUAUAUUUAUUACGCACAUUUAGUUUCGCAGCAGGGCGACGGUGUAUACGGGUCGUUGACAGUUCGAGGACCACAAGAUGACCCUACCUCGGAAAGGAUACUUCUUUUGUCAUCAAGGCCGACAACUCCACUGUCACGGCACUCGCACCUGCAUCCACCUACGCCCCGUGAGCUCCUCUUAAACGGCCAGAACAACGGGACAGUGUUGAAAGUCAAACAUGGAGUACGGUAUUUAUUACGACUUAUCAAUGCCAACGCGUACAAUUGCCCGGUGGUCUUAUCAGUUUCUGGCCAUGAUUUCCAUGUAUCGUCUGCAGAUGGUUACGCGGUUCAACCUACGACAGGAAGACACAUCCUUUCUUUCCCAGGUACGUGCGACGACGCGUGGAACGAGCCAGAGACAAACGACACGCGGCUCGGCAUGGAGUGGACCCGCGACAAAACCCUCGAGCUGCUGCGCGAGUAUCAACAAAGACGCGUUCUCUGGGAUUGGAAUGCCCGCGGGUAUCGCGAUCGGGCGAAGCGGAAACGCGCUAUUCAGGAGCUAGCCGAGAUUCUGUGCUGCAACACGCUCGAGAUCGAGAAGAAGAUCACGAACCUCAAGUGCCAGUAUUCAAGGGAGGUGCACAAGAUACAGAACAGUCGGGAUGCCGCCACCGGGCCUGACGAUGUUUACGUGUCCAAAUGGUUCGCCUUUAAGGCGAUGCAGUUCCUGCAAUUCGGCACGCGAAGAUACAGCAAGAGGAAGAAGAAAACAGAAGAAGAAACUCCGAAGUUGCAAGAGGAGUACAUAGUGAGCGACAUCGAUCCUGAGAGUAUAACGUUCAUUGACUGUAACGAGGAGACGAACGGAUCCGGGACCGGUUCCUUCAACGCCUCGUUGAGCGAAGACGCCGAAGAGUCGUCGUCGUCGAGCCUGAAGGCGAUGGAGCUGUACAACGGCUCGUUACAGGACCACAAUAGUCCGAUUUGCGAUCUGGACGAUUCCGGUCAAACGAGACUCAAGACUAGGUCGGACGAUCGGAAGAGAACGAAAGAGGAGUUCGCGAAAUUCGCGGAAAGCAUCGCUGUGCAAUUGGCAGAGAUUCCCGACUCCUAUUCGAGAUCGGUGGCAAAACUCAGAAUCAACCAGAUCCUAUUCGAGGCCGAGAUAGGCAUUUACGCGCAGACGCGUGAAAGAUUUGACAUAAUUAUCGAGGCAGAUCAGCCUUCCGGAAAAUAUCUGAUCGACGUAAAGGGUCUUCAGGACUGUCAAAACCUUAAUCAGGAAGCUUUCCUCGUUUAUGACGAUGCAAAACCGGAAUCCAUUACAAUAAAGGAUGAAGAACCAUUGAAAAUCGACGAGCAUUCGAUCGUGAAGAGGGGCUAUGAUUGUCAUGAAAUAUCAAGAAAUUUCGUGUGUGGGUUGGAUCUGAAAGGCCCGAAGGGAAUUGACAUUAACUCGAACGAUAUUAUUUAUAUUCCGUUCGAUGUGAACGCCUUUUCUUCUUUCACAGACGAAAUGUCCGAUUACAGAUACAAUUUUUACGGCUGUCCGUACUAUCCGUCAGAUUUAAGCGCAAAUAAUGGAGAGACAAGAUUCGCACAAAUCAAUCGUAUGUCAUUUAAAUAUCCCACAUCCCCGUUACUCUCUCAACGACAAAACACUCCCGAUGAGUCGAUUUGUUCUUAUGAUAAACGUUCGAAGGAUUGUGCCGAUACUCCGUUAUUUUGUGAAUGUAUUCAGAUAAUCAAAGUAUCAGCCAGAAAACAUAUCGAUAUUGUUUUGAUAGACGAGGGUUUCGGUGGCAAUGUUUCUCACACAUUUCACAUACAUGGCUACCACGCAAGUGUCCUAGGGAGAGGUAGCUUUGGACGACCAAUCACCAAAGAGGGAGUUAUGCUUUUGGAUCGUAACAAACAACUGCCUCGGAAUUCUGUGAAUCCAUGCCGAAAAGACAGUUUCGUUGUGCCAAAUAAAGGAUACAUCAUUCUCCGUCUUUUUACUAAUAAUUUAGGCUACUGGUUGUGGGAAGCACGAAGCACAGCUAUCUCUCCAGGAUUAUCCGGACCCAUUAUGCAAUUUUUACUGAAGGUAGGCAAUCGUCAAAGUUUCUUACCUGUCCCUCUAGAUUUUCCUAGUUGUGGGAAUAAUAAGCACCCGGACAUGGUAUUCGAAACAAAUUAAUUUUAUAUGUAAAUUUUGUU